CGCGCUGCUGCAACUGUGAGCUAGCAGGGUCUCAGCGGGUUUUCUCGAUAUGUGGUUGAUGGCUUAACUGCCAGGUUAAGUACUCUCGCUUAAACAUCACAAACAGUGGGGCCAGUAUGGCGGAUUCCAGUGAGUUGAAGCUGGAUUUUACUCUGAAAGAGCUGACAGUUUCCUGCCCCGGUGAAGGCGAGGAUGUGCCCGGCAGCUCGUCCACCGUGGAGCUGCGGGACAACAGGCUGGUGUGUGUGGAGUAUCCGGCGGUGGUCAACAGUGCGGCCAAGAUGCUGGACACUCUCGGGGGUGAACAAACAGUGUCCAAAACCUUCGCUCACCCCAACCGACGACUUGAGCUGCGUUACCGACCUCAGGACCCUUUCUGUCACUCUCUGUGUGGAAACCGCAUCCCGUCCAGCAACCUCCUCCUUAAAGUGAGGCGCCGCGUGCGAAAAAGAGACCCCAAGGAUGCUGAGAUUCACAUGGACAUACUCGGAGUCAUUGGAACAACAUAUAAAUUCCAAGGGCUGGCAGACUUUCAGUGCCUCGCUGUGCAUUCAGAAGGUGGAAAAGACGUGUCUUUAUACGACAAGAUCAUCCUGCGCAAAUCAGAGAAUCAGGAGUUCUUUGAGCAGCCCAUGCCUUACUUUCUCCCCCCGGCCAUCUUCUCACGUCUUGACAGUCCUGUGGAUUAUUUCUAUCGGCCUGACAUCCAUCAAAACCAGAUGCCCAUCAACAAGAACUUUAUUGGUCUGAACCGUGCUCGUCGGCCCCAUAACGCCAUUUUCAUCAGCUUCAGUGAUCCCACUGUGCCCGCCGAGUGCCUCGAGGCGGCCAGGCUCAACUGGACACGAGUCUGCCUGAAGGAGUCUGACAAAGAGGCCGAGGAACAACUGAAAAAGAUGUUUGAGAGCCGACCCAUCUGGUCACGGAACGCAGUCAAGGCCAACAUCAACAUCCACCCUGAUAAACUGAAACUGCUGCUGCCCGUCUUUGCCUACUACAUGGUGACAGGACCGUGGAGAAGUCUGUGGGUGAGGCUCGGCUAUGACCCUCGGAAGACCCCUGAGUCUAAGAAAUACCAGAUACUGGACUUUAGGAUCCGCUGCAGCACCAAACAUGGUUAUUCACUGUCUGACAUGCCAGUAAAAGCCAAGAGGAGCGCCCUCAACUAUAGUCUGCCUAUCACAUUCAACAAAGCAGGUCCUCAACCAGCUAGUGUGAUGGAUCUUCCAGGUCAGGAGGGUCCAGGUGCCAGUCGCGAUACUGUCCCAGUCACAUACCAGCUGAAGGAGUCAUCCUACAUUUUCAGAGAGGGCAUGCUGCCUCCCCACAGACAGAUGUUUUACCAGCUCUGUGAUCUGGAUGUGGAAAGCAUCAAACAGGUGAUUGAACAGAACAGUGGUAACGAACAGAUAUGUAACGAGCGGGACGGCUGGUGUGUUCUCGGCACCACAGACAACCUGAGGGACAUAAUCUCAGCUAUGAUCAAGAAGGUCAUCCGAGCACAGAAGCCAGUUGUUUCUUCCUCAGCAUUACCGGAAAUCCCCAAGAGAAGCAGACGCAAAGGCUCAAGUUUAAAAUCCUCAAUGAGAGACGUGGAUGCAGAGGAAGAGGAGGAGGAGGACGGUGAGAACGAGGAAGAUGACGAUGACGACUUUCAGCCGUCUGAGGGAAGUGAAAAUGAGAUGGAGACAGAAAUUCUGGAUUACAUGUAACAAAGGAAAACCACUUUGAUGACUUGCGUCUUGAUUUUGCAUUUUUUAUUUCUGCAAAAUGUGAGGUGACUUAACUGAAUAUAAAUAAAAACAUGUAUUUGUAGUG